GGCUCCCCAUCUAUUGUUUUAUUCAGUUGAAUUUGAGAAUGAAUUAAAAUUGUUCGUGUUUUUUGGGAGAGUAUCCCAAGUUCGAGAGAGGUAUCUCGUUUUAUCCUUCCCAUUCGUACGCUUCCCCUACAUCACUUUUGUUCUCGAGAUUUGGGCUUGGAAUGCACGAGGCAGUUUUUGGUCCCUUGUCUCCACAUUUGAUAUCCCUGCAGCUGCUGCUCCUCGUGCGGUGCUCAAACUCUACAAGAACGAUAAAUUGUUUCUUGAGGACUCAAAAGGUGACUUGCUGCUUUACGAUCAUGCUACUAGACGUCUGGAGAAUCUACGGAUCCCUAUCGAUAGAAGAGGGUUUUCGGAGUUUUUCCCUUAU